CCCCUGCUUUCCUGUGUCUUUCAGGACCUUUGGAGAUUGAGGAAUGCAAUUCUGCCACCAUGAUGGAAGGAUUGAAAAAACGUACAAGGAAGGCUUUUGGUAUACGGAAGAAAGAAAGAGACACUGACUCAACGGGUUCGCCAGACCGAGAUGGAACUAAGAAAAGUAAUGGUGCUCCAAAUGGAUUUUAUGCAGAAAUCGACUGGGAGCGAUAUAAUUCCCCAGAAGUCGAUGAUGAAGGUUACAGUAUCAGACCAGAUGACAAAUCAGGUUCUACCAAAGAGAAACACUUUUAUUCGUCAAGUGAGUCUGAAUCAGAGGAAGACACGCGGCGAAAAUUCAACAUUAAGAUUAGACCUCUCCAGGCUAAAGAUUCCAUCAUGUGUGUGGCAGCGUCAGUGGAUGAGCUGAAGGCUUCUGUGGGAAACAUUUCUCUGUCACCUUCACCAAUGAGGCGCAGUCCAGUGAGUAUCCCUGCAGUUAUCAAAAGGAAUUUAUCCAGUGAAGAAAUAGCUCGACCAAGACGGUCAACACCCACUUCAGAAGUUGUCAGUAAGAAGGGGUCAGAGGAUACAGCAUCUCUGAUUCCACUCUUUGGCCCACCAUUGGAGUCUGCUUUUGAAGGCAUAAAAUCAGAAGCUGUCAUUGAUCAACCUGAGAUCUGGGGGCCGUUCCAAGCCAUUGAUUCUGAAAGACAGUCAUCUUUGUCGACACGGUCAUUUCCUAUUGGAACUCCUCCACCACUUCCUCCAAAAAAUGUUCCAGCUACCCCACCUCGCACAGGGUCACCAUCAGAAGGUUCAGGGAGUGACCAGGGCAAAGCAGAGCCCCAGCCUGACAAACUGUUGUCUAUCAGUGACCUGGAUGAUAUUUUUGGCCCAGUCAUAUCUCACAGAUCUGGAGUUAUCCUGGCGAAGAACAAGUGGAUCGAUUUCUCUGAUCAACCUUCUAGAAAUGAGGUCUCACCAGUGGCUCUGGGUGAAAACAGGUCCCUUGAUGCCCCUCCGAGUGUUUCUGUGCCUCUAGAACAUGAUGGGAGUGAGAAAAAAAGUUCUGAGCAGGUUUUGGUCAAGAGUGAAAAGAGCGAGUCGUCCUCCUCCCUGAAAGAGCUCACUUUGGGACAAAAGACCACACCCCCUCCCCCUCCACCACCUACCUACAGAACAGUGGUAUCUUCUCCAGGACCCAGUUCAGGCAGUGGCGUGUCCAACAGCAGUGGUUCUUCAUCUCCUGCCCGUCCAGCAACACCAUUGGGCAUCACCAGUAACACUCCUCCUCCUCCACCACCUCGCCCUCCAUCAAGGCCUAAACUGCCUCCUGGAAAACCUAGUGUAACCGACAUGUCCAGGUCUUUUAGUCCUCCAAUACAUUCAUCUAGUCCUCCACCGGUAGCACCACUAGCUCGCGCAGAAAGCACUUCUUCCAUAUCGUCAACUAACUCACUGAGUGCAGCCACCACCCCUACAGUCGAGAAUGAUCAACCCUCCUUGGUAUGGUUUGAUAGAGGAAAGUUUUAUUUAACUUUUGAUGGGGCUUCCCGAGGUCCCAGCCCCUUGACCAUGGGUGCACAGGAUACACUCCCUGUUGCUGCAGCCUUUACAGAAACUGUCAAUGCUUACUUCAAGGGAGCAGACCCAAGCAAGUGUAUUGUGAAAAUUACGGGAGAAAUGGUUUUAUCAUUUCCAGCUGGCAUCACCAGGCAUUUUGCCAAUAACCAGUGCCCUGCAAUUCUCACAUUCUGCAUAACAAACUGCAGCAGGUUGGAACACAUCCUGCCAAACCCACAACUUCUCUGCAGUAACACUUCGCAAGGUGAUGCCAAUACAAGAGAAUUCUGGGUAAACAUGCCAAAUCUAAUGAUUCAUUUAAAGAAAGUGGCUGAACAGAAACCAUCAGCCACAUAUUACAAUGUGGAUAUGCUAAAGUAUCAGGUCUCUUCACAGGGUAUUCAGUCCACACCAUUGAAUCUAGCAGUGAGCUGGCGCUGUGAACCCACCAGCACUGAUCUUCGAAUAGAUUAUAAGUAUAACGCAGAGGCAAUGGUUACACCUGUUGCUCUCAAUAAUGUCCAGUUCCUCACUCCUGUAGAUGGAGGAGUGGCAAAAGUACAGGCUGUACUUCCACCUGCUGCAUGGAAUGCUGAACAACAUAGGAUACUUUGGAAGAUCCCAGAUAUAUCACAGAAAUCAGAAAAUGGAGGUGUUGGAUCUCUCCUAGCCAGGUUUCAGCUGUCGGAAGGACCAAGUAAGCCUGCAACAUUAGCAGUCCAAUUCACCAGCGAAGGGAGCACUUUGUCAGGCGUUGAUAUUGAAUUGGUUGGGGCAGGAUAUAGAUUUUCACUCAUCAAAAAGAGAUUUGCAGCAGGGAAAUAUAUGGCCGACAACUGAAUUCUCACAACUUUGUCCAGUGUUCAAUAUAACUCACUGGACAGCUUUUUAAAAACAAACGGG